AUGAUAACGGAUGUCUGCUGUAGAAUUCGAGUGUCGGUCAUCAAGAAAGCCACUGAAGAGGGGCGCCAGCGGGCGCAAAGGGAGGGGCAGCGGACACAGGCUGCAGUCGAACGGUUUGCACGUAGAAGGGUCCUGGUGAUAGGGGACUCCAAUGUGGGGAGGGCCGAACAGGGCGUGAUGGCGAGAGUGAAGGCGGACGGGCGAGUACAGGUGGAGGUGCAAGCGGGCAAGGGCAUGGCGGAAGCCAUGACCAAGGCGCGGGAAGUAGUUGGGGUCAGCACGGAGAGCGACAGCUUGGUCAUUAUGCCUUCUGGGCUCAAUGACGUGCUUAAGGGGAGAAGCCAGGACCUUGAGAGGCACAUUGAGACUGGGCUGAGUAAGCUUAGAGAGGCCUCCGGGAGGGUGCAUGUGACCAUAUGCCCUAUCCCAGAGGUCCAGGGCCAGGCUUACCAGGUAGAAAGGAGGGUGGUUGAGGCCAAUCGGGUCAUUAGGAGUCUGAGCGGACGACGCGGGUACAGCGUGAUGGAGGUCAACAGGGACGUGUACGGAACCGGCUUCCGGCCUUUUGUGCAGGAUGGCAUUCACUACAGUGGUGCCACUGGCAAAAGGAUAGGGGGCAGGAUGGGUCGCCAGGCAACAGCUUUUUUAGGGGGACCCAGAGCCCUGAAAGAAGCAGUGUAGGCGUGGACGAUUCGAGGCAGGAGCCACAAACACGCAAACAUCGGUACUGUAGGAGAGGUGACAGGA